UUGCGCGAGGUUGUGGAGAGAAACUACAUCACGUUUACCGAAUUGUCAGAACUCUUAAGCAAAUAACAAGUGGCGAAUAAAACAAUUUGGAGAAGGACUUGGGAGAUAUGUAACUGGAAUGAAUUUUAACUCUAUAAUGGCAUCUAAUUCAGCUGUGGAAAUUGAAAAUGAGAGUGAUAACUCUUCUGGUAGCAGCUUAUUUAAAACUCAGUGUGUCCCUUACUCACCUAAACAGGGGCAAAGAAACCCUACUAGAAAGUUUGUUCAUUCACCUGAAGAUGUUCAGGCAAGGGAUUCAUCUAGUGACUCAUCUUUUGAACCAAGACCAUUGACUUUAAAAGCUAUUUUUGAAAGAUUCAAAAAAAAGAAACGUAAAAAGAGGAAAUAUAAACCAACAGGAAGACCAAGGGGAAGACCAAAAGGGAGAAAAAACACUAGACGUUCCCAAAUAAAUAAGAAACAAGUUCAAGAUAAAGGAUCUGGGUUCCCAUUUUUAGAAUCUGAGAAUGCAAGAAAACCAUUACCUUGGAGAAAAAUUUUAACCUUUGAGCAAGCAGUGGCAAGAGGAUUUUUCAACUACCUUGAAAAACUGAAGUAUGAAUACUACCUCAAGGAAUCCUUGAAACAAAUGAAUGUUGGUGAAGAUUUAGAAAAAGAAGAUUUUGACAGUCGUAGAUACAAAUACUUGGAUGAUGAUGGUUCUCUCUCUCCUAUUGAAGAAUCAGAAACAGAGGAGGCUGCAACAAAUCUUGAACAUAAUGAUGAAUGUGAUAUCAAAUUGGUGGACAAUAAUGAUUUCAUAAUAAGUUCUGAAGUACCAAAGAUGAAGAAUGUGUAUUUAGAACAAGAAGAAUAUACUGAAGAAGCCGCUUUGUCUAAAAAGAGAGCAUCAAAGUCCAAAAACAUUGGACAGGACAGAAUGGCCUGAAAAGAGAUAGGAAUAUGAAUGUUAAGGCUUUUCACUUGAACACAAUGUCUGGACUUUAAAGGUGUUGGCAUAUCCCAACAAUCUGUACAGUUCUAGGGUGUGAUGGCUUAGGGGUGAAUAGGAUUUGAACUCAUAUUUAGAGGGGUGUUUGAAAUUGAGAACCAGGCAGAUCCAGGCUCAGACCCUAACGGGGCCCCGGAGUAAAGACAUUGGAUCCCAAAGAUUACAGGUGGGGAGUUUUUGAAGUAUGUCCGUAUUCAAGUGGAGAUCGAAGAAGCUCAACCGAAAGAACUCUGGACUGACAGUGACAACUGUGGAUUGAACAGUUCUUUUUAAAAGGGCUAUUGUGAAGAUUAUGAUUCUGACUUUGGAGGAACUACGGUGAAUGGAAGCGGAAGGAAUCACAUGUAAAAUUCCUCAAAUAAAAAUUUAUU